AUGCCAGUAAAGCAUCACGUAGCCUCUCCCUGCUACGCAUGCGCGCCAAAAAUCUCCCAAGAACUAUUGAUCCACGAGAGGAUCCGUAGCUUGAAGGAGACCGAUAUUGGUGUGUGCAUGUGCGAAUGCAGCGUCAGAGCGCGAAAAUUAGAAAAUGGAACGUAUAUAAGAAGGAAGAACGGCAGCAAGAACAUCACAGCAUCCACAGCUCCUGAGGAAGUCCCGAAAAACGCGGGACGAAACGCGUUGAGCCGACAUCAUUAG